GGGAGGGGAGAGUCUUCAUGGAAAAAAAUUCUGCAUUGGAAAAUAUUCUUGCUUAGCUUUUCCAUCUGAAUUUGGGAGACAUUUUUCCUUAUUCACGAAUAGAAUUCAUAGCCAUUUGACCAAGUGGGAAUCAUGCAGGGAGAAGCGCUUUGGCGGCCCUUUAGAUGAUGCAAAAAUUCAUUUCCCAACAGCUUCAAUCUGUAUAGAGAAUAGGGAGGGAUGCUGGGAAUUGUAGUUCAGCAGUAAAUGGAGGUUUGCGAGUUUCGGUGACUCUGUGCACAGUACUAUGGCUUAACAUGAAACGUGACUCCAGCCAUUACAUUCCAGAUUAAUAGAUUAAAAGGACUAUCAUCCCCGAACUUUGUCAUCCAGUGACAAAACAAACAACAUUUCUGACUUGCUGGUUGGGAAGAAUAUAAGAGAAAUGGAAAGGGAAAGCAGGUGAAUUGAAUCAAAUCCAUGAAAUGAAUUAAUAGGUAAUUGUUAUUGUUGUUUUUCUGGUUUUACCAUAAGAUUAUUGAUCACCCAAGAAUAAAACAAGAACAAUUAAAUUUUGCAGGUGUUAGCUUGUGUGAAAUAAAAGGGGAAGAGUUUUAUCCCAAUAUAUUUUUUGUUGUUUACACAGGAAUUCUAUUUUCUUGCAAUAUCAGUAAUUCUGAAGCAAAAGAAAAAAAAAUCUGGUCAGUUGGUGGGACACAUAUUCAGUCAUAAACCAUCAUUGAUAAUCAUAGUGAUUGAGAUGCUAAGCUAAAAUCAACACAGCUUGAUACAUUAUGGCUAGUGAAAUGGACAAGCUUGAUUAGUAUAAAAAUAUGGGAUAGAAACUAUUUUCUAUAACAAGUUAAACCUUUAUUUUAGUGGUAUAUAGAUACUAUUGAUUUUAACAGGAACUUAAUUUUGCAUGGAUCUACUCUUUGUAAAAUCAGAAUGGGCAUUGAAUUACAUGGUGGUUUGAUCUAACUUAAACUUAAUGAUUUGUCUAUGAUUUCUGAGGCAGUAAAUAAUUUCAGAACACUUUCAUGAACAAACUAAAGUUAUUUCUUUCUUUUUUUCAGUGAGUUUUACAGUGCGACAAAUAAACCUACCCAGUGCAGUGGGAAAUUCCCAUGGUAAUGGUCUUGAAGAAUCCAUAACCUAUUUUAGUUUAUGUAGCAGGGAAGCAUAACAUUUCAACUAUUUUAUUGUUUAUUUUAUGAAAUUGCUUCCCCUAGAUUUUAAAAGCGAUUGUGUUUUUCUGUUUCCUCCAGAACUGGUGCAGAUCAACUGCUGUUGGAGAGCAGCUGGCUCACCACAAGAUGCCUCUGUCUCUCCAUAGCUAAUACCAGUGUGGAAAAAGUCACUGCUGUAAAUAUUUUUCUGGUGGCUAAGAAUAAAAAACUGAGAUUGCAUCUUCCCUUUCAAAUAUUUCUCUCUUUUUGUCCUUGGGAAAGGAAAUGUGAACAAUCCAGUGCAAAAAUAAUUUUUUAUCAUUUUUUAAGAUCUGUAACCUUUUCAUUGUAUUUACUGCAGAAAGCUAACAUGAUGUCCUCUCUAGAAACAAUGUCCAUAUAUACCUUGCAGGUUCACAGAAUUGCAGAGUCAUGUUUUUAAAGGUAGCAAUGUGUUAUUUCUGAAUUUAUUUCCUUUAAUUUUGAAAACAAAGAAAGUAAUAUGGGGUUAUUUAGCUUCCUGAAUGUUGCUUAAUAGCCUGUGCUGUUUGUUUUGCAAUUCAUGCUGAUGCAGUUGUUGAUUUCCCUGAGCAAACAAACGAAUACACUCUUGGCAACACAGACAUUUAUCAGAGCUGGAGAGCCCUGCUCCAUGUUUGUUAAUUCAUGCUCUCUGGAGAGCAUUUGCUGAUGUGGCAUUUAUUCUGGUUCAUCUAGAUGAAGUGUGAAGCAGUCAACAGGUAACUGGUUCCUGCAUGAAAGCAAUUCACAGAUACCAGUUGGGGGUGUGUGAGAUUGCCAUCUAUCUACAAAGAACAUUACUAGAAAAACCCAGUGCAUUUUUCUCCCCUUUUGGUGGAAUUAGAACUUGAAAAAGAUGCUACGUCUAAACUGGAACAGUCAUCCGAAGUUACUAUGUCACUGCAUGGUUUCUGAUCUGUAUUUGAAGUUGUUUCUCUCAAGAAGCUUCACCAUGACCUGGAAGGCAUGGACCUUCAUUCAAUCUCUUGUUGGAAAUAAUAACAUUGUUUUGAUGGGGCCUCCAGGCGCUGGAAAAACAACAGUAGGAAAAAUACUAGGUCAGAAGCUGGACUCUUGUUUUAUAGAUGUGGACGAUGAUGUUCUUGAACCAACCUGGAAUAUGACCGUGGCAGAAAAACUAAAGAGCAUUGGGAAUGAACGGUUUAUAGAAGAAGAGGGAAAAGCCCUGUUAAACCUUUCAGCAUCUGGGAGUGUAGUGUCCCUAUCCGGAUCUAACCCAAUGAAUGCUGCUAGCAUGGAGCACGUGAAGAAAAAUGGAAUAGUGGUAUAUCUGGAUGUACCCACAGAAAGCAUAAUGGAUCGUUUGAAAUUAAUGAAGGUGGAUCGUAUUGUGGGACAGGGUGAAGAAACAUCAUUAGGAGACAUUAUUAAGUUCAGGAAGCAAUUUUAUAAAAAGUGGUAUGAUGUCCGUGUUCUCUGCGAAAAUGGGAUUACAGCAGAGAAUGUAGCAGACAAAGUGCUUCAUGCUGUUAAGAGGUAUCAAAAUUCUGAGCUGGAAGGCUUCAUUUCCACCCGUGCCAUUAAGGAAGACAAAUCAAGGAAUUUUGUAAAAUAUUUCAGUGAUGUCCUUAUUGAAGGUCUGGCCCCAGAUGCUGGGCUCUUUGUUCCUGAGUUGGGACUUCCAAAAUUUACUGGUGGAGAAUGGCAACAUCUAUUAGGAGCAACUUAUACCGAAAGAGCUCAGAUUAUAUUAGAAAGGUGCAUACAUCCUGAUGAUAUCCCUGCUUCCAAAUUGUGGGAAAUGAUUCAGAUGGCAUAUGGACAAAAUUUUAUGUGUUCUAAAAUUGCCCCAGUUAGACAUCUGCAAGGGAAUCAGUUUCUUUUGGAGCUGUUUCAUGGACCAACGGCUUCAUUUAAAGAUUUGGCUUUGCAGUUACUGCCCCAUCUGUUUGCAUGCUGCAUUCCCCAAAGCUGCAAUUACUUGAUCUUGGUAGCAACUUCUGGUGACACAGGAAGUGCAGUUCUAAAUGGUUUUGGUCAACUUAAAGAGUCUGAUAAGCAAAGAAUUGCUGUGAUCACAUUCUUUCCUAAUGAUGGAGUUAGCCAGAUACAGAAACUCCACAUGAUCAGCUGCCAAGAAGUCAACACAAAAACCAUAGGGGUCCAGGCUGAUUUUGAUUUUUGCCAGACUGCCAUCAAACAAAUGUUUACCAAUUCAGAUUUUACCGGCUUUCUCACAGUGGAAUAUGGAACUGCAUUAAGUGCUGCAAAUUCUAUCAACUGGGCACGCUUGCUUCCGCAGGUGGUUUACCAUGCAUCAGCUUAUCUGAACCUUAUUGAACAAGGUGUUAUUUCAUUUGGGAGACCUGUAGAUGUCUGCAUUCCCACAGGUAACUUUGGCAACAUACUAGCUGCGAUAUAUGCAAAAAACAUGGGGAUCCCUAUUCGGAAAUGUAUCUGUGCUUCUAAUCAAAACAAUGCAUUGACUUCAUUUUUAAAAACCGGCUUGUAUGAUUUACAAGGAAGGCAAUUAAUGCCAAGCUUGUCACCAGCAAUAGACAUUUUGAAGUCUUCCAACCUUGAACGUUAUUUACACCUGAUUGCUAAUGGUGAUGGACAGCUAGUGACACAGUUACUUCUCAGCCUGGAAAACCAGCAGCGCUUUCAGUUGCCGGAAAAGCUCCUGCAAAAGCUUCAAAACGACUUGGUGGCUGAUUGGUGCUCUGAGGAAGACUGCCUGGGUGCCAUACACUCUGUGUUCAACACCACAGGGUACAUUCUGGAUCCACACACAGCUGUUGCCAAAGUGGUUGCAGAUCGACUUCAAGACAAAACUUGCCCCGUUAUUAUUUCUUCUACUGCUCAUUAUUCUAAGUUUGCACCAGCUAUUCUACAGGCACUGAGGAUUGGGGAAAUAAAACAGACUCCAUUAAGCCAGCUUCAGUUGUUAAACUCAUAUAACCCUUUGCCUCCGGUCCAUGGGGGCCUAUUAGAGAUGCUGAGAAAGAAUGAAAAACCAAAGUAUGAGAUUUGUGCUGCUAAUGUUAAUGUCCUUAUGGAACACGUGGAAGGCUUAGUACAAAAUCACUUCAUGAAGGUUUUCUAACUGCAAGAUGCUUGGUGGUGCUGACCAGGUGUCCUGUUUUUGAUUUUCUCAUGACUGUAUGUUUUAAUAAAUGCUUGCUCAACACAGUUGACUUUAGUGAAUAUUUACAGUGACAAAUGCCAAGUACAAUAGAAACAAAACAAGUAUAACUGGGGAAAAAAGAAAAGAAGACGUCAUAUUCCCGAAGGACAAAUUGUUUGGAAGAAAAAGAAAUCCGAAUGGAAAAUAUUGUUCAGGUCCUGCUGAGAGGAUUGCUAUAUAGAACACAUUUGAGAAUUAUGAAAGGGGGGGGGUGUUGUGAGACUAAUAAUAGAGGAUGAUGCAGUCAUAACUGCUUUCUCUUGGUUACCAUUUCAUCUUUUAGAACUGGAGGUCUAAGCAUGGAUAUUUCAGCAUUGUACCUCUACAUCUGUGGUGUGUUGUUUCUGAAUCUUAACAAGUUUAAGAUGAAUGGAUUUCAUUCCCCAGAAUUCCUAGCCAGCAUGCUGACUUGGAAAUUCUGGGUCCAUGCAAAUUAAAGUUGAUGAGGUUGAGAAAUACUGCUAGGUUCGUGGAUGGCAUUUAGCAAUACAUUGCUUUAACUCAUAAUGGUGUAGUUCACACAAAAAAGUACAUCUUUCAAGUAACUGGUUGCAUUCACGUAUCCUGCUAAUGUAAAAAACAGGUUUGGUUUUGCUAGAGUAUAGCAGAGCUUGGUAUUUUCUCAGUUCUUUAAGCCUGCUGAGGCCGCAUGGAAAUGUGUGUUCUCGUGUGGCCUCCGGACCCUCAAAAUUGUGCAAAGGGCUGUGCUCUUGUACGGUUUCUGGAGCUUCUGAAAUCGUGUGAAAAGAUAAUCCAUUUUCUUGCAUGAUUUUCAGGG